AUGUCUCCUCCCGCCGCCCUCGAGACUGUCAUUGCUCCGGAGGCCCACCCUUCUAAACCCGACACUGCAUCCACUGCAUCCACUUCCACCACCACCACGCCCCGCCACGAAGAACACCAAUACCUCGACCUAAUCCGCUCGAUCCUCUCGCACGGCGAGCACCGCCCGGACCGCACAGGCACAGGGACUUACUCGCUCUUCGCACCUCCUCAACUACGCUUCUCGCUCUCGCGGCCCUCUCCCGACCCCUCGCAGCCCCCCAUCCCGAUCCUCCCACUCCUCACAACGAAGCGCGUCUUCGUACGCGCCGUAAUCGGGGAGCUGCUGUGGUUCAUCGCGGGCAGCACAUCCAGCAAGCCUCUGUCGGACGCCGGGAUCAAGAUCUGGGAGGGCAACGGGUCACGGUCGUACCUGGACAGCGUGGGGCUGGGGCACCGGGCGGAAGGCGACCUGGGGCCGGUGUACGGGUUCCAGUGGCGGCACUUUGGCGCGGCCUACGUCGACGCGGCCACCGACUACGCGGGGCAGGGCGUCGACCAGCUCGCCGAGGUGCUGCACAAGCUCAAGCACAAGCCCUUCGACCGCCGCAUCGUGCUCAGCGCCUGGAACCCCGCCGACCUGCCCCACAUGGCCCUGCCGCCCUGCCACAUGUUCGCCCAGUUCUACGUCUCGUACCCGGCCGCCAAGCGCGGCGUUGACGGGCAGGAGCCGCCGGACGGCCACCGCGGCCGCGGCCGCCUCGACUGCGUGCUUUACCAGCGCUCCUGCGAUAUGGGCCUCGGUGUCCCGUUUAAUAUCGCCUCGUAUGCCCUGCUGACGCAUAUGCUGGCCCAUGCGGCAGACUUGACGCCCGGCACUUUUGUCCAUACCAUGGGCGAUGCGCAUGUGUAUGCGGAUCAUGUCGAGGCGCUGAAGGUGCAGCUGGGCCGCGAACCGAGGGAGUUCCCCGAACUCAGGAUUAAGCGCCCGAGUGGGGGGAGUGUGGAUGGCUGGAAAGUGGAGGAUUUUGAGAUUGUGGGGUAUGAGCCGCAUGGGGGGAUUAAGAUGAAGAUGAGUGUGUAG